AUGGCUCACCAUCGAACAGGUCCUACUAUUGACUAUGAUACUAUUUGUAAGAUUUCUGGUAUGUUACGACAACUCGCUACUCUCGAGUUUGUCAACAUUUACUACCAGAAUCUGAACAGAUGUGACCCAGUUUAUUUGUUUGGUGACGAAAUUGAAUACCUCGUUGUUAACCUCGACCAUUCGAACUCUAAAGCUCGACUCCUUCCAAUAUACCCUCAUAUAUCAAAAUUUAUUGAAAAUAAACAUCAUCUAAAGUUUAAGUCACAUGGCUCCAGCUCGGACCAAAGUUCGGGCAAGGGUGUCUCAAACACCAGCCAUAACAACAACAACCCCGUUAAGACUAAGGCUGUUAUUGACAUAAACAAUUAUUUAGAUGAUAUUAUGUUUGACAAAUCGAAUUUUCAGCCUGAAUCUUCCUCUUAUAUGGUGGAAUCCAUUCCAGACUACCCCUAUUCUCUUUUUUCUAGCUACGCUAAUAAUGUGCGUAAAUCAGUUCAUAAUCGUCGUAAACGUCUUGAAAUGAUUUUACUUAUGUUAGGUCACAAUCACUCUAAAGUCACUACCCUAACUAACUUUAGCAGAUUUGGAUGCGACGAUUACAUAUAUUACGGAGAUUCAGAGUUCCAGAAGGUUUUUAUUGAUAAUCUGGAACCUCACUACGUCCCGUACUUCGACAUCUGCAUAACGCCGACAAAUAGAAUGUACGACAUGUUGAUACUGUACAGGUUAAAGCACAGGAGAAUAACAACGUAUAUUUCGAGGUACGACGAAGGGUUCGAAGAGUCCUUGGAAAAAGAUAUAGAUACUUCAGUGAAUGAAACUUUGGUUGAUGAUUAUAGAGGCGUUCCAGUGAGUUCAAGAAUAAUCGACACGUAUAACAACUAUCGAUUGUUCCCGUUGCUGGCUACACACAAUCAUAGACUGUGCCAACAUCUUUUAGAUACCUAUACGGAGUCAGGUAAGCCUGCUACUUUAACGGAAGUCGACGAAGAUGCCGAUACUGAGUUGUUAAAGUAUAUAAUGGGACGAGUAUACCUCUACGAUCCCAAAACCGAUAACUCUGUUUACGACCUGAACGUUAGCAACGAAAGUAGUAUUAUCAAAGCAAUUAACGUGAUGAGUGUAAAAAAUAACAAUGAAGCCAAGGAAAACACGAUUGGAGUGGAAAGUGUAGGCGCUCUAUGCAGCCUGCAAGUCACCUUUUCAUGUUGCAACUUGGAGGAGGCCAGGUACCUCCACGACCAACUUUUGGUUCUAGCGCCAAUAUUUAUAUCCUUAUCUUCCGCUACAGUCGGAUACAACGGAAUUCUAUCAAACUAUGAUAACAGAUGGGCCAUGAUGACGUCAUUAUGGAACGAAGUGCCGAACAUGGUAUACAGGAGGCGAUUUUGGAAAUUCUAUGAAUCUGCGGAAGCUGAGUCUGAAGCAACAGCCGCCGACACCAGCACUGAUCAAUCAAAGCCGGGCAUGAAUCACUUUUCCAAGGGAAGAUGCUGCACAAGUUCACUGUUUAUCUCUAACUCGAAGUUCUGCGUCGAUAACUACAAGUAUCUCAACGACAUCAAGGUCGACUGCGACUUUGACAGCUUCGUGCACAUGACUAAAAUGGGAGUGGACCCUAUUCUGGCGAGAUAUGUAUCCCACAACUUUGUGUAUGAACCCUUGACAGUGCCCAAGGAGGACUUUAACGCGGUGAACUGCCAGGAUUCAGACGCGCAUUAUAUAAUUUUCCACUACACGAAUUGGAACUCAGUUAGGUUAAACCAUCCUAUCCCGCCUCCACCCGUUGACGGUGGCGACUCGAAUAAAUAUAGCCCACCCUCGCAUCGAGCUCCUACCACACAUAAAACCAAUCGCAACAACAAUAACGAAGACACAAAAUUGUCCACGGCUGACGCAAGUCGAAGUAACGCGUCGAGGACUGCCGGUCCAAGUGAGACCAUAGGCAUCAAGCCGUGCCGGACGCUUCCAUGGCGUGUUGAGUUUAGGCCUAUGGAUAUUCAGUUGACUGACGAGGAGAACUCUAUGUUUAUUUGUGUCGUAGCUUAUCUCGUGAAGGUUUUGUUGCUUAAACGGUUGAAUCUGUACAUGCCCAUUUCACUGGUCGACAUUAACACUGAGAUAUCUUCUAAGAUUGAGUCUUGUCACAGGGACCUCUUCUAUUUCAGGGAGGACAUCACCAGCAACAAACUCAGCAUAAAGAAGUUCAGUUUACAUGACAUUCUCUUUGGACAGGUCGGAUUGUUCAGGAUUGUGGUUGAGAACCUGGAGAAUGAGUUUGUCAGUGGCGACGUUUCUCGGGAGUUCCGCGACCAACUCGUCAAGUACUUCAAACACUUUGAACAACUGACCCUCGGAAACACGCCCACCAACGCCACCAAACUCAGAAGAUUCAUUCAGACACAUCCCACCUACACUGGAGACGGAACCAUAACUGACCAGAUACUCUACGACAUCAUACAAAACCUAACAAGCUACUAG